AUGGCUCGUCACAUCCCGCUAGCCGAGGCUGCUGCCAGCCUAUCGCAACACUUCCACAAUGUGGGCAAGGACAGCAGCAGUGAGGGUGAAGACAACAUUAUAGUCGCCUCGAAGCGGCUGAUGAAGCACCUCGCAGCGCCGUUGGUUUCACAGAUGAAGCUGGAUGGGAGGCAGUCAUCGGGGAUCCGGUUGCUCGACAGCGCGUGCGGCGCCGGCGUCUUCACGCAGGAAGUGCAAAAAGCAUUGAGGAGGGAUGUUCUCGACAAGAGCACAUUUGUCUGCACCGACAGCUCGCAUGGGAUGGUGGAACUGGUGAGGAAGAGGGUAGGAGGAGAGGGCUGGGUGAAUGUCGAGACGAGAGUGGCGGAUGCAACGGACUCAGGUCUUGCGGCGGAUUCUUUUACCCACGUUGCGGUGGCGCUGGGUCUUCAUCUCAUUCCUGAUCCUGAUGCCGUGCUUGCCGACUGCCAAAGGAUCCUCAAGCAGGGCGGUGUUUUUGGAGCGACGACGUUCCCGCGCUCCAACGGCCGGCGGUUCUGGUUCCCAGACAUGCGAGAGGCAUUUGCUUCCUUUUCUUUUCCAGGAGCGCUCCUCCCGGACGAAAUGCCGAUGCAGAUGCACGACAGCGGAAGGUGGGACGAUGCGGCUUGGAUCCAGACACACCUUGCGGCGAAGGGCUUUGAGGAGGUGCUUGUUGUCGUCAGUGAGGGCUCGUGCCGCGUUGAGGGAGCCGAUGAGUGGAUGCGCCUCUUUGGCAUGAUGAUGCCUUUCCUGAUGCGUACAUGGUGGAGCGAGGAAACGAGGAGGGCCCAUGAUUUAGAUGAGGUAAAGAAGUUGGUGAGUCGCUUUCUCAAGAACAAAUACGGGGAUGAGGGCUGGGAGGUUUCUUGGGAGAUUAUCAGCAUGACCGGCGUAGUGCAUGCAAAGAAGUACAAGCAGUAG